CGUCUGAACCGGAAAGGUCCGUGUUUACAGCGAAGCUUUUGCUCCACGUUAGCGUUGCUGAUUUGACAAACAGUGGACUGAAAUUUAGAUUUGACUGUCACAACUAACCGUUUGAUAGUUCCGGGAAAUAUCUGUGAUAUUUUAUGCCACACCACGGUUAACAUGCUGAUGUGGAAGAGGGGGGGCUGUGGACAGGCAUAGCAAUGACAAGCUGGCUAACGUAGUGUCGAGGUUAGCCAGCUACUAACAACACAAGCUAACUUGUAUAGCCGCGGUCCGUCCAGUACAGUGACACAGGUCCGGGGGAAGAAGUACGACCAUGGGUGCGGAGAGCAGUGCGGUGCGGAGCUGUGUUCUGGAGGAGCCGCUCCUCACUCUUCCCUCCGGACUCACCAUGUACUCCGCGGUGCUUCAGGACAGAAAACCCGCCUCUGUGUUUGUCCACAAGCGUGGCAAUGAGGACAAAGUCAACAAAGCUGCCAAGCAUCUGAAGACCUUGAGGCACCCGUGUCUGCUGCGAUUUUUGUCCUGCUCUGUGCAGGAUGGAGGCAUUCAUCUGGUUACUGAGCGUGUACAGCCUCUGGAGUUGCUGCUGGACAGCCUCUCUCCAGAAGAAAUCUGUGCAGGAAUCUAUGAUCUCCUGCAGGCACUUGUGUUUCUGCAUGAGAGGGGCAAAUCGAGCCACAACAAUGUCUGCAUGUCCUCUGUAUUUGUCAGUGAAGACGGUCACUGGAAGCUUGGAGGAAUGGAAACAGUAUGCAAGUUUUCUGAAGCAACACCUGAUUUUCUCACAAGCAUUAAGAAUGUAAGAGAGGCUAGCUGUGUUCCUCCAGAAGAGCAGGUUGAAGACUUUAAAAUGCUUCCAGAAAAACAUGCUCACUCUAGGGACUGUUAUUCAUUUGGGAUGAUGGUGGAGACUCUCAUCCCUCUGCUAAAUGGCUAUGUGUCACUGGAGCUGACUGACAGUCUGAAGAAAACCUUGCAGACCAGCCUGUUGAAUCCUGACCCUUUAUCUCGACCCGCUCUCACCUCUCUGCUGACUCAUGACUUUUUCAGGAAUGACUUUCUAGAGGUGAUGAACUUUCUCAAGAGUCUGACCCUAAAGACUGAAGAAGAAAAGAAUGAAUUCUUUAAAUUCCUACUAGACCGGGUCCAGAGCCUUCCUGAAGAACUGAUAGCCGCACGUCUUGCUCCCAAACUGCUUAACUCCCUCGUUUUUGCAGAACACAUGGCUGUCAAAAGCUUCCUGCCUCAUCUUCUAAGGCCAAAGACAGAUUGCAGUGGUGGCAGUAGCAGUGAGGAAUGCCUCCUGUCUGUGUCCCUUUAUCGUAAACAUGUGAUCCCUCAGCUUCUCAAGCUCUUUAAGGUCAAUGAGGAACACAUCAGGAUUGUGUUGCUGGCUCACAUUCAUAUCUAUGCUGAAUUCUUCUCCCAUGAUGAACUCAAAAACCAGAUACUACCUCAGGUUUUGCUGGGAAUGAGAGACACCAAUGAUUCGCUGGUUGCCAUGACACUGCAGAGUCUGGCAGUGUUGGUGCCCUUGCUCGGAGCUCAAGUGGUUGUUGGAGGAGAGAGAACCAAGGUCUUUAAACGCACCACACCCAACUUCACCAAGUCUACAGAGGUCACACCGGAAAAUUCUCCUGUUCACAUAGUCGGAGGCUUCCACCCUCAGAUAGCUCAGCCCUCAAAAGUCUUGAAUCUCUUCCCUAGACCUUCAGGAAAUGAAGAUUUGGGUCUGGGAAACAUGGAUAGUUUAGCAAGUAAUAAAGAGACUUCAAGGAAUUACUCUGUGGAAUCAAAAUCUGAUAUCAGUAGACAGAUGUCUCUACCGUUGAAUGGCUUUCAUCAGAACAGUAAGGUGGAGUCGCUAUCUUACAGCCCAGAGCAAACCAACAGAGCGGACCGACCUGUGGAGGACUGGCCUGACUGGAGCGACCCUGAGGAGUGUGAGAACAGAGACGGGCAGCCAGUCCAGAUCCACAUUCAGGCCUCGGAGGGCAUCACUCCAGCCAGACUGCCUCUGUCACACCAGAACAUGGAGGAGGAGCCAUGGGAUGACUUUGAGGACACAGAGCCCACCUCAGACUUGUCCCCGACUGCUCCUGUAUCAGACCCAGUAAUACUGACAGCACCCAGAGGAGGCGCCACCACACCUGUAACGCAUGUUCCUCAAACACUGAGAUUAGGAGCCUCCAAACCUCUCAAACUGGGCUCAACAUCACCACAAUCCACACAAAGCAAGAUCCUGUCGUCAUGGGACACAAGCUGGGCUCAGGAGGAAACAGACUCUGACAAAACCUCCAACCUGUCACAACCUAAACCCAAACCCAAACCCUCAGCCCCACAUAGGAGUGGAGGGACAGCGGGUUUGGGGGAGGAAUUCACAAUUAAGGUGAAGAAAAAGGUGGAACUAGACCCAGAGCUCGAUUUGUUUGCAGAUAUGGUGCCGGACAUCAAACUGUCCUCUCCAGCUUUUCUGCCAGUGGAGGAGAGCAGUGUGAGCGCCGCCGGACUGUCCACAGGUUCCUCAGAAGACCCUCAAUCACUGCACGUGGACUUAUCAGUAGAUACUAGAACACUGACUGCCAAGUUUGCAGCUGCCAACGUGAAUGAGAGUGAAACCGAUGGCUGGGGAGAUGGAGAUGAGCUGAACUGGGAGGAUGAAAACGCCUGGUGAUGACACCUGAUCAUCUGCAGUAGCAAGCUGAAAACUUGACCACUGGAAAACUCCAACCCUUAACACACACUCCCUCUGGAAGCAUCAACAAACAGAUGCAGUAAGACUAACAAUGAGGGACACUGUGACUGAGACUUUUCCAUUAUCUUCUGUUGGGUUUCCAGACAUUUACUAUUAUCAGUGUGUAUGCAUUGACGUAUAACUUGAAAUGGAAGGAUGUGAAACUCACUAGAUGAUGCUGGACCAGGACAAACAAAGCCAUUCUUCAUUGUUUGCCAACAGAUAACUACAGUAGUCACCUCACGAUUAAUGAUGAUCUUAAUCAUAGGUGAAUUUCAGCUCAUUUUAAUCUACUUCUUUAAAUGUUUAUGUGCCAUAUUCAUAACUGGCAUGAAGAUCAAGAUACAUUUUUGGCAAAGCACCACUGUUCCUAAUGUAUCGGGUUUGAUUUACCGAUGGCUUGCACUUUGAAAGAAUGUGAAACAGAAAUUACAUAAUUUAUUAGUAGCUUUUUGGUUGCUGGUGAAAUAAAGAUUUUAUGGAAUCAAAAAAGAAA